GCUCCAUAACAAAAAAAAAAAAUAUGUGAAAGUUUGUUCGUGGUGCCGCUGCUGUCGUCGCCUUCGUUUCUCUUCUCCGACGCCGACAAUGGGCUUCCUCCCAGAAAGAGGCGCCUUCCGUCUACUCCUGCUUCUUAUAUUUCUCUCGGAGGCGCAUUUUAAAUGGGCGCAGGCCCAAAAAUGCGUGUGGUACGGGGAGUGCGCAGAGUCCGAAAUCGUCGGCGGAAAGAAAUAUAACUGUAACUACACCGGACCUCCAAUUCCUCUGGAUCCCAAAGGCUAUAAACUCCUCAAGGAACUGUGUCCCGGUUUUGACUAUGGAAGUCGGGAACUAUGCUGCAAUGUGGAUCAGUUGCUUACUCUGCAAGGGAGUCUCCAGCUGCCCUUCCAGUUCCUGUCCCGGUGUCCCUCGUGUUUCUUUAACUUGAUGAACUUCUUCUGCGAGCUGACGUGCAGCCCUCACCAGAGUCAAUUCUUGAAUGCCACCAAGUUCAAAAGCUCAAAUUCCACCGAGUUCAACAGCUCCAGCGUGGUGGAGGUUCAGUACUACAUCGGGCAAACAUUCUCCAACGCCAUGUACAACGCCUGCCGGGACGUCCAAGUGCCAUCCAGCAACCUGAAGGCCUUGUCGUUUCUGUGUGGCAAAGAUGCCAAGGACUGCAACGCCACCAACUGGAUCGAGUACAUGUUUGACAUACGAAAUGAGCAGUCGCCCUUUCCUAUCAUACCCAUAUUCUCUGAUGCGCCAGUGUCUGGCUACACGCCCAUGAACAACAAGACGUACGGCUGCUCUGAAGGCCUGGAGGACGGUUCCGGUCCUUGCUCCUGCCAGGAUUGCUCCGCAACAUGCGGGCCCAAACCCGUUCCGCCGUACAUCCCGCCUCCUUGGACAAUCAUCGGUAUUGACGCCAUGACCGUCAUCAUGUGGAUCUUUUACACGGCCUUCCUGUUCGUGUUUGUCGGCACAGUGGUCGCAGCGUGGUGCUACAGGAAAAGGACAAUCAUGUCGGAGUACGGCCCCAUUUUGGAUAGCAACAACCCGUUGUCUCUCAACAGCGACCGUUCUGAAGCAGUGAACGCGACAUGCUGCGAGACGCUGGGUGAGCGUUUCGAGAACACCCUGCGUGUGGUCUUCAGCUCGUGGGGUUCGUUCUGCGUGCGCUACCCGGGUCUGGUCAUCCUGGGCAGCCUGCUCUUUGUGGUGGCCUCCUCCGGCGGUCUGGUCUACAUGCGCAUCACCACCGACCCGGUGGAGCUGUGGUCGUCGCCCGGCAGCCAGGCGCGCCGAGAGAAGGACUACUUCGACAGCCACUUUGGGCCUUUCUUCAGGACGGCUCAGCUCAUCAUCACGACGCCGCUCAACGAGACCUUCACCUACAACCCCUACUUUGGAGGCUCGCCCGUCCCCUUCGGAGCCAUCUUGGAUAAGGGCAUCCUCCAUCAGGUGCUGGACCUGCAGCUCGCCAUCGAGGCGCUCGUCGCCCCGUACGAUGGCCAAAAUGUCACGCUGAAGGACGUCUGCCUGGCCCCGCUGGCCCCGUACAACGACAACUGCACCAUCUUGAGCAUCCUCAACUACUUCCAGAAUAGCCACGCCGUGCUCGAUCACAGCCUCGGCGACGAGUACUUCACCUACGCCGAUUUUCACAGCCAUUUCCUCUACUGUGUCAGCGCCCCAGCAUCCCUGAACGACACCACACUCCUCCAUGAUCCUUGUCUCGGCACCUUCGGAGGUCCCGUCUUCCCUUGGCUGGCUCUGGGUGGCUACGAUUCCACCAACUACAACAAUGCGAGCGCUCUUGUCAUCACCUUCCCAAUCAACAACUACCUCAACGACACGGUCAGGCUGGGCAAAGCUCUGGCAUGGGAAAAGGAAUUCAUCCGCUUCAUGAAGGAGUUCCACAACCCCAACCUGACUAUCGCCUUCAGCGCCGAGAGGAGCAUUGAGGACGAAAUUAACCGGGAGAGCAACAGCGACAUCAGCACCGUCGUCCUCAGCUACGCCAUCAUGUUCGUCUACAUCUCUCUGGCGCUGGGACACAUAAACAGCUGCAGGAGACUGCUGGUGGACUCCAAGAUUUCUCUGGGCAUCGCGGGCAUCCUAAUCGUGCUGAGCUCAGUGGCGUCCUCGCUGGGCAUCUUCAGCUACGUCGGCAUCCCGCUCACCCUCAUCGUCAUCGAGGUCAUCCCCUUCCUGGUGCUGGCCGUCGGCGUGGACAACAUAUUCAUCAUCGUGCAGACGUACCAGCGAGACGAGCGGAUGCCUCAGGAGGAACUCCACCAGCAGAUCGGUCGCAUCCUCGGAGACGUCGCGCCCAGCAUGUUCCUGUCCUCCUUCUCUGAGACGGUGGCCUUCUUCCUUGGGGCGCUGUCCAACAUGCCCGCGGUCAGGACCUUCUCCCUCUUUGCUGGCCUGGCUGUUUUCAUUGAUUUCCUGUUGCAGAUCAGCUGCUUUGUGAGCCUUCUGGGCUUGGACCUGAAACGACAGGAGGCGAAUCGGCUGGAUAUCAUUUGCUGCGUGAAGCUGCCCGAAGAUCAGGCACCAAAGACGGACAGCGUCCUCUUCCGCUUUUUCAAGAAGUUCUACGCGCCGUUCCUCCUCAAAGAGUGGGUGCGGCCCGUUGUUGUGGCUGUAUUUGUGGGCGCACUCUCCUUCAGUAUAGCUGUGGUCAAUAAAGUUGAGGUCGGACUGGACCAGCAGCUCUCCAUGCCUGAUGACUCGUACGUGCUGGAGUACUUCAAGAACCUGAGCCAGUAUCUCCACACGGGAGCGCCGGUGUAUUUUGUAGUGGAGGACGGUCUGAACUACAGCAGCCUGGAGGGUCAGAACUCGGUGUGUGGCGGCGUGGGCUGCAACAACAACUCCCUGGUGCAGCAGAUCUACUCUGCGUCGCUCAUCAGCAACUACUCCACAAUCGCCUACACGCCUUCCUCUUGGCUGGACGACUACUUCGAUUGGGUGAAGCCACGGUCCACCUGCUGCCGUUACUACAAUACCACCGGCGACUUCUGUAAUGCUUCGGUAGUGGACCCAUCGUGCGUGCACUGUCGACCUAUGACGGAAAGCGGGAAGCAGAGGCCCGUGGGUGAUGACUUCAUGCACUUUCUUCCCAUGUUCCUGUCGGACAAUCCCAAUGUCAAGUGUGGAAAGGGCGGCCACGCAGCGUACGCCACAGCAGUGGACCUCUAUCCCAACAACACCCGAGUGGGAGCCAGCUACUUCAUGACCUUUCACACCAUCCUGAAGGAGUCGUCGGACUACAUCGACGCUUUGAAAAUGGCCCGCGUCUUGGCUGACAACAUCAGUCAGACCGUGGACCACAAGAUUUUUGCCUACAGCGUCUUCUACGUGUUCUACGAGCAGUACCUGACCAUCGCGUACGACACGGCCUUCAACCUGAGCGUGUCGCUGGGCGCCAUCUUCGUGGUGACGGCCGUGCUGCUGGGCUUCGAGCUGUGGUCGGCCGUGCUAGUGUCUGUCACCAUCGCCAUGAUCCUGGUCAACAUGUUCGGCGUCAUGUGGCUGUGGAACAUCAGCCUCAACGCUGUCUCGCUCGUCAAUCUGGUCAUGGCCUGCGGGAUCUCCGUUGAGUUCUGCAGCCAUCUGGUUCGAGCGUUUUCCAUCAGCAUGAAGAAGAGCAGAGUGGCACGAGCCGAGGAGGCGUUAGCUCACAUGGGCAGCUCGGUGUUCAGCGGGAUCACGCUGACAAAGUUCGGCGGCAUCCUCAUCCUGGCGCUGUCCAAGUCUCAGAUCUUCCAGGUCUUCUAUUUCCGCAUGUACCUGGCCAUCGUGCUCCUGGGUGCCGCGCACGGCCUCAUCUUUCUGCCCGUGCUGCUCAGCUACGCAGGUCCCUCGGCAAACAAAGCGAAGGUGUUCGCGGCCAACAGGCGCCUCGUCGGGACCGAAAGGGAGCGGCUCCUCAACUACUAAGACGACAGACAGGCGGGAGGGGAGAGGCGGGCGGGACGACGCCAAUUUUAUCCAAACGGGACUGUUACUGUCACCUUUGUCAUGGCCACCGCUGACUUUUUACAUGGAUUGGACCGAGGAAUAUUACUUGACGUUUUCUCGUCACACUACGGCUGCAGAAUCGAGACCGGAAGGAAUAUCACGCACAAGUGUCAGUUGACAGACAGUGAGUGGCAUGACCCGUUAGUGAUUUGGAAAUCUUUAAAGGGGAAUCCUGUUCAGUUUUUAAAUAGAAAAACAAAUAUAGAUAUAUAUAUUUUUUAAAUCCACAACUGUGCUUACGUCGGAGCUCAAGCUAACUUGUUCCAAAUCCUCAAAGGUACCAAGUAACGAUGCGGUUUGUAACUACUGUGUAAUUGCUCAGGUUUUGCCCUCAUUGUGUACGAGAUGGGGAUAAUUACAACCCCCCCGCCCCAUGCUCGGAGAAGCCUCAGCAAAGGUAUACUUGGAAAAAUUUGAACUCGGGCCAAAUUUAUGUUUAAUAAGCUCUUUUUGCAGUUACUGAUCAUUUGUUAUGCCUGUGUGUGAAUACCUCUACUUUAAGGAAUUAAUUCAAAUCUCAUCCUCGGCGGUAAAUGCUUGGUAAAUUACUAUUUUACGAUAUUACCUCUUAGUGUUAACUCUAAUACUGGAUUAUGCUCUCAAAGGAACAGGACCAC